AUGGCUUGGUGUGACCGCGGGGUUCAAACGCUGCUGGCCACCGUGGGGGCUUUCGCCGCCUUCAGCCUGAUGACCAUCGCCAUCGGCACCGACUACUGGCUCUAUUCGCGGGCGUACAUCUGCAACGGCACCAAUGCCACCACAGACGAGACCCAGCCGCAGCCCAAAACCAAGAAGGGCGAUCUCACCCACUCCGGGCUGUGGAGAAUCUGCUGUAUUGAAGGUAUCAAUCAAGGCAGCUGUUACAGAAUCAACCAUUUCCCUGACGACAACGACUACGACACAGACAGCUCUGAAUACCUGCUGCGUAUAGUUCGUGCCUCCAGUGUGUUCCCCAUCCUCAGUACCAUCCUGUUGAUGCUGGGCGGGCUUUGUGUCGGGGUGGGCCGUGUCUACAACAAGACAAACAAUGUCCUCCUCAGCGCAGGCAUUCUCUUCGUAGCUGCAGGUUUGAGCAACAUAAUUGGCAUCAUAGUCUACAUCUCCAGCAAUGCAGGAGACCCCAAUGAUAAACGUGACGACGACAAGAAGUACACUUACUCCUACGGCUGGUCCUUCUACUUUGGCGCCCUCUCCUUCAUUGUGGCUGAAACUGUGGCCGUCCUCGCCAUCAACAUCUACAUUGAGAAAAACAAGGAGGUCCGCUGGAAGGCGCGGCGUGAGUUUAUCCGUUCACUGUCGUCCUCUUCCCCGUACUCGAGGAUACCGAGCUUCCGAUACCGCCGGCGGACAUCGCACACCAGCUCUCAUUCUACAGAGGCUUCCCGGGAGAACUCACCGGUGGUCGGUCUGAAGGGGGCACCAUCUUCCAGUGGUCCCCUGGACGAGCUGUCCAUGUACGCCCUGGCGAGGGACAGCGUGACGGAGAACACAUACAGCCCUGAACAUGAGGCAGCUGCUGAGUUCCUCCAGGUCCAUAACUGCUUCCCCAACGAUUUAAAGGAUGGGGUGAAUCGCAGGACCACACCGGUGUGA